AUGUCCUUACCCGUUGCCUCACGGCCUCUGGCCGACCCGCCUACGGGCGCUCUACCUCCCAUCCCAACCAACAAAGCUCCCAGAAAAUCUCUCCCUCAGACCCCGUCACGAUUGAAGGCUCCAUCGAGGCCUUCGGUACUACCUAGUCCCCAACCUACAUAUUCUACACCAGAUCUUUCCAAGGCCAGUGAAAAGCCCACGGGUUUGCCUUCCAAGCAGGUACGGAAAACUGUUAGUAUUGGUUCAUUUCCCCAUCCACCUAAUGCAUCAUCCCGACCUUCGACCUCCGCUUCUAUGAACUCGACGGCAUCCAACAAGAAGCGUAUAUCCAAUGGUGACUCAAAUAUCGCAAAGACUAGAAAGUCCCCGAGAGCCAGCGCGGUCAACUCAGCCAGCUUUCGCAGUUCUCAGACCCCUAGCCUAUUGAAUUCAGCUGGAGAUGGCAUGUCGAUAUCUAUCAGAGCCGGCCACCGCAUAUCAGACGCCCAAUCCAGCAUUCAUUCUCCACCUCAAAGCAGAAGCUCGUCUGCCAAUGGUUCUUACUCCACCAGUGCCACCACGAUCGAGGAGGGUGACGAGGAAAGUCGAGGUCGCACCAAGGACUUGGACGACAUCAAUGUAGAUUCCAAACGGAACUCCAAAGGAAAGGAGGUCAAGGGCAACGUAAUCGUCAGUGUGAGAGUACGGCCCGACUCAAACACUCAGAACAACACUCAAUCCGAGGGUGAAUGGAUGGUUGAUGGUCGGAGAGCCCUGGUUGCCUAUCGAGGCAAGGAGGGUGGAGAUUACCACUACGACAAUGUCUUUUCUCAACAUGAUGACAAUGCCAAAGUGUACGACUCAGCUGCAAAAAGACUCGUCCGUCGGGUCAUGGAAGGCUAUCAUGGCACGGUGUUUGCUUAUGGUAUGACCGGUACUGGCAAGACCUUCUCGAUGCAAGGGACAAUGACUAGCCCUGGAGUAAUUCCACUGGCAAUCACCGACAUCUUUUCGUAUAUCCGCGAAACUCCUCAUCGAGAAUUCUUACUGCGAGUCAGCUACCUCGAGAUCUACAACGAAAAGAUACACGACCUACUGGCUCCACCAACCGCCGGUCCUCAGGAAGAGAUCAAGUUGCGGGAAGACAGCAAACGAGGUGUCUACGCUUCACCCUUGAAGGAGGAGAUUGUACAGAGUCCCACUCAACUACUGCGCGUCAUCCAUCGUGGAGAUAUGUCGCGUCGUACAGGCAGCACGCAGUUCAACUCGCGAAGUUCUCGAAGUCAUGCCGUGGUUCAGAUCGUAGUGGAGAGUCGAGAAAGAGUACCUGGAUCAGGGUCCAUCAACGAGAAUGGAAAGAGAGUUGCCAUGCUACCUGGUGGAGUGCGUGUAUCCACGUUGAGCUUGAUUGAUCUGGCAGGCUCGGAAAGAGCAGCUGAGGAUAAAGAGCGUCGCACGGAGGGUGCUCACAUCAACAAAUCUCUUCUCACACUCGGAACCGUUAUCGCCAAAUUGUCAGGAACCAAAGACAAGAACGGCAAUCCCAUAGACAAAGAUGGCAAGCAUUUACCCUACCGUGACAGCAAGCUUACUCGACUUCUCCAGCCAGCACUUUCUGGAAAUUCUUUGGUAUCCAUCUUGUGCACCAUCCAGAUUGGGGCGGGGCUAACCAUGGCGGGCAACAACCAUACCGGAGAGACACUUAACACACUGAAGUUUGCAGCUCGAGCAAAGAACAAUAUUGUCAGCCACGCGAAGAAAGCAGCCGAAGAGUCAGGCAGCGGCGUCAGUGCGGGUCUUUUGGAGCGGUACAGAGGUGAAAUAGCGACCCUCCGAGCUCAAUUGGAGGGACAGCAGAAGUCAGCGGUUGAAAAGGAAGAGAGACAACUGGAGAAGGAGGCGGAACAACGCCACGAAGAACAAAUGCUGGAAAUGCAACUGGCCCGAACGGCACUCAAAGAACGCAUCGAGCAUCUGAACCGGUUGAUCUUGUGUUCCAAAUCGACUGGUGUCAAUAGUGGUUCGGUAUCCGCAUUGGGUAUGCAUUCACGCCUUUCCGGGGGUACAGAAUAUGCAGGCUCCCGGUCUGUACGCUCUUCAGCCAGCCAAUCUACUCUUGGAGUUGGGUCAGGCUUGAAGCGACAUCCAUCUGUGGUGUCCCUCAGCGCUGUACCCAGUGGUUCAGCACACAUGUCUCCAUUUUCAGGAAUACCCGACGAAGAUGAAGAUGGGGAAGGUGGGUUCAGCGAAGGUAGAGCCACCUUGCAAGCCCAAGUGCGUGCACUACAAUCCGAUCUUCAAGACAAGACACGGUACAUUGCCACUCUCGAAAGGCGAUUGCUACAAGCACGACGAUCCAGUCACUCUCGAGUCUCCAUGGCCUUCAACAAGGGCAGCGGAGAGGAGAGUGAUGUGCAAAGAAAGCUGGACGAGAAGGAUCAGAUGAUAUCAGAUCUGCAAAAGACGGUGGCAGCGCUCCGAUCAGCGGUUCGAAAAAGAGAAAUCGCCGAGUUGACACCGGAGAUGUCUUCCUCCGAAUUCAAGUCUAGUCGCAAUCAAUUGGGCCACCAGAGCAGUAGUAGCAACGGUAGCGCCCAGGUUCUAACCGUUUCGACUCAGCCACUCUCAGGAGGGCCGCGUUCACCGCUUACGGCCAGUCCCAUCACACUUCUUUCGCCACAGAAGCCCCAGGACAAGAAGAAAAAGACCAUGGACGAAAUGUCCAAGAUGCUGGAUGAGAUGAUCCAGGACAAAGUUGAAAAUGGGCAACUCGCCAAAACACGCAGUACAUCUGCACGAAUACCAUCUCGUUCAUCAUCCAAUGCACGACGGGAAUCGCGUCGGACAUCCAGUGCGGGCACGGGCGGGUUGGGUAUCACUGGUGCGCGACCGUCACUUGGAAGUAUGGUGGCUUCCCUGCGAGACCGGGACUCGACCAUUGAAACAUGA